UCUAGAGCCUAAGUCACCAGAUUCAGGGCAGUGUGAUUGGCUGGAGCGGCAGGGUCAUCUCCGCCCCGACGCGACCGGGCCUCGCCCCCUGGCGGUGGAGUUGUACUCUCGGCCACCCGCGGACCCUGAACGCGGGAGACCUGUGGAUUCUGCGUCUCUGAGGCCUGCAGCGGCAGCCGCAGCCAUGGAGGCCGGUGCUUCCCCUGAGCCCGACACAGCCGAAGUGCUGCCCCAGCAUAAGUUCGACAGCGGGUCCCUAGAGGCCUAUCUAAACCAGCACUUGCCCGGCUUUGGGGCCGAGCCCGAGGCCAAGCUGACCGUUACCCAGUACAGAUCAGGACAGUCCAAUCCAACCUUUCAUCUCCGGAAGGGCUUUCGAGCAUAUGUACUCAGAAAAAAACCACCUGGUUCACUUCUUCCUAAAGCACAUAAGGUUGAUAGAGAAUUUAAAGUCCAGAAAGCUUUGUUUUCAGUUGGAUUCCCCGUUCCCAAGCCUUUAUUGUACUGCAGUGAUCCUUCUGUCAUUGGAACAGAAUUUUACGUGAUGGACCAUGUGCAGGGUCGAAUCUUUCGUGAUUUCACAAUUCCUGGAGUUAGCCCAGCAGAACGCUCAGCCAUAUAUGUGGCCAUGAUAGAAACCUUGGCUCACUUACAUUCCUUGAAUGUACAGUCAUUGCAGCUGGAAGGAUAUGGUAGAGGUGCUGGCUACUGCAAAAGACAGGUAUCAACCUGGACAGAACAAUAUCAAGCUGCAGCUCAUCAGGAUAUCCCUGCCAUGAACCAGCUGUCUGACUGGCUAAUGAAAAACUUGCCAGAUAAUGACAAUGAAGAAAAUUUGAUUCAUGGAGAUUACAAACUAGAUAACAUAGUUUUCCACCCUACAGAGGUACUGUCUUAUGGCAUUAUUCGCUUUGUAUUAACUUUAGCUAAUGAACUUUUUUCUUGUUAUUACUUUAAGGAAGUAAUUGAGUUCUAUGUUCAAAAUGAAAAUUCAGGGGACAGAUGGAAAAAACCUUUAGUGAUUGAUAAACUUAAGGAAAUGGCCAAAGCAGAAGGCCUCUGGAACUUGUUUUUGCCAGCUGUAAGCGGUCUCAGCCAGGUGGACUAUGCCUUGAUUGCUGAAGAAACAGGAAAAUGCUUUUUUGCUCCAGAUGUCUUUAACUGCCAAGCACCAGACACAGGGAACAUGGAAGUGCUCCACCUAUAUGGAAGUGAAAAGCAGAAGCAGCAGUGGCUUGAGCCUCUUCUUCAAGGGAACAUUGCCUCCUGCUUCUGUAUGACAGAGCCCGGUGUAGCUUCAAGUGAUGCCACAAAUAUUGAAUGUAGCAUCCAACGAGAUGGAGAUAGCUAUGUAAUUAAUGGCAAGAAAUGGUGGAGCAGUGGAGCUGGAAAUCCAAAGUGCACAAUUGCACUUGUUUUGGGAAGAACUAAAAAUGCCUCUGAAACCAGAUACAAACAACACAGCAUGGUUCUUGUUCCUAUCAACACACCUGGAGUAGAAAUAAUAAGGCCUUUGUCAGUUUUUGGCUACAUGGAUAAUUUCCACGGAGGACAUUUUGAGAUCCAUUUUAAUCAAGUACGAGUUCCUGCCACCAAUUUAAUACUGGGUGAAGGUAGGGGAUUUGAAAUUGCCCAAGGCCGCCUUGGCCCCGGCAGAAUCCAUCACUGUAUGAGAACAGUAGGCCUGGCAGAACGCGCUUUGCAGAUUAUGUGUGAACGGGCAACACAAAGGGUGGCCUUUAAGAAGCAGCUGUUCUCACAUGAGGUUGUGGCUCACUGGAUUGCUGAAAGCCGCAUUGCCAUUGAGAAGAUACGUUUGUUGACCCUGAAAGCCGCCCACAACAUUGACACUCUGGGCAGCGCUGGCGCUAAGAAGGAGAUUGCAAUGAUUAAAGUGGCUGCCCCUCGGGCCGUCUGCAAGAUUAUUGACCGGGCGAUCCAAGUGUGUGGAGGUGCAGGUCUUUCCCAAGAUUACCCUCUGGCUAACAUGUAUGCCCUAACGCGGGCUCUGCGCUUAGCAGACGGGCCUGAUGAAGUCCACCUCUCAGCAGUUGCAGCGAUGGAGCUGCGGGACCAAGCCGCAGGCAUGAGGUCCAAGGUGUAGGAGCGGCGGUGUCUCGCCUUUACACACACUUCAUGGGCUCUAGCACUGGCGCCUCGUUCUCAUUUUGCACCAGUUUGAGCACAGGAUUAAUCACUCAUCUUCAGUAAAGAUUUGAGCAUCUGCGUUGAUCUUGGGUUUUAUAAUUUCAAGGGUCACAAAGGUUUAAGUAAAUUCUAUAGCUGCUGUCGUUCAGUCUAUCACCUAUGUGUUUAGCCUUUAUUUUUAAAACAUUCAACUUGUGAAGAAAUGAUGAAGUAAACUGUAGAGCUAAAGCAUAGGCAUACAAAUAUUUUCACUUUUUGAUUCCCAGGAAUUGUUCCAUUUAAAUAAAUAUUCAAGGAGUCAUUGAUCUGUAAAAAAUACAGGGGGAUAUCCUUUUUAACACUGGUUAGGGGGUGGUUUAACACUGUGUAGUACCACCGUGUGUGCACUGGAGAAGGAUGCGUGACCGACUGUCAUUUUAGAAUUCGUAUAAGCCUCUUCGUAAUUCAACAGAAUGCGUUUAUACAUAAAAUCUGAAUGCAGUUUAAAGUUUGCUAGAAAACAUGGCAUAUUACAAGAAAAUAUAAUUAAAGUUUUUAAUCAUGUAUAAUAUGUUGAUGAGCACAGUGGAUAGUUUAAGCUACAAGAAAGUUAUUUAGUUUUGAGAGGAGAUCACAAACCAUCUGUUCUGAAUGCCAUCCCGUUAAUGUCACACCCAUGCUGCCCAGUACAGUGGCCACUGGCCGGAUGGGACUCUUGAGCACUUUAAUUGUACCUAGUGCAACUGAGGAACUUUUGAUUAAAAUUUUAAUUAAAUAUCAAGUCUUGGUUACUGGAAAACUUUAAAGUAUCUCACUUGGGUAUGUGAAUUGACUUUUUCAAAUUAAAUUUUAUGAAACCUAAGUAUGGAGCAAGUAUUUUGGCUGAAAAUUUAGCAUCCAAAUUAAGAAGCAAAGUAAGUGUAAAAUACAUACCAAAUUUUGAAGACUUAGUGUGAGAAAAAGGUAAAUUAUCUCAAUACUUUUCAAGUAGUGAUUAUAUAUCAAAAUGAUAAAAUGCGGAUGUAAGGCAUACCUUGUUCUGUGUGCCUCACUUUUUGCACUUCUUACAAAUCCAAGGUUUGUGGCAACUCUGCAUCAAGCAUGUCAGCACCAUUUUUCCAACAGCAUUUGCUCACUUCAUGUCUCUGUGUCACACUUUGGUAAUCCUUGCAAUAGUUCAAACUUGUUCAUUACUAUUGAAGUGCUGCGAUCUCAUGAUCAAACUUGAACGGAUGAGGACUUGCUUCUUAUGGAUGAGCAGAGAAAGUCAUUUCUUAGGUAGAAUCAACUCCUGGGGAAGAUGCUGUGAAGACUGCUGAGAUGACAAAGAUUUAGAAUAUGACAGAAACUUAGUUGAUAAAGCAGGGGCAGGAUUUCCAAGGUUUGACUCCAAUUUUGAAAGAAGGUCUGCUCACUGGGGA